AUGCGUCUCCCAUACAUCCCCGACGACCCAGAGAUGGAGUCUGCCGAGGACGAAGCCGUAGUGCAGCGCGUGAAAACACGUAGAGGGGGAAAGCUGAUCGCACUGGACAAGGCACUGCUUCACGCUCCGCCUGUCGCAGAUGGCUGGAACAGCUUCCUCGGUGCCAUCCGUACCAAGACCACAUUACCGGACAGCAUUAGGGAGCUCGCAAUUAGUAGAGUGGCGGCCUUGAACCAAGCCUGGUAUGAGUGGGACGCGCACAGUCCACUGCUGCGGAAAGCUGGCGUGCUGUCUGACGAAGUCAUCGAGCGCAUCAAGGAUAAGAGCUAUGAAGGGGAGGGACUCGACGAGAAGCAUCUUGCCGUCCUCGAGUAUACCAAUGCAAUGACAAUCGGAUGCAUAGUCAAGCAGGCGAAUUUCGACAAGUUGAAAAGCCUCUUUAGCGAAAGGGAGGUGGUGGAGUUGACUGCCACGGUAGGCGCGUACAAUUGCGUCUCUCGCUUCUUGGUGGCCUUGGAUGUUGGUGAGAUGGCGGAGAAGUACAAUGUAGACAUGAAGUAG